AUGACGACGGUGGACGACACACAAGCGGAGCAGCUCGCCUCCAAGGCAACUGCUGCCGCGCAACUCACUUCUUCCAGCGCCACCGACAUCCAAUCACUAUACAACACUGCACUUUCACAACGGACCCGCGACGAACAGCAACAAGACGACCAGUACCUCUCGUUGGCGCCCACUUUCCUUUCGCUACACCAGCAAGCGUCAUCCUCGAAACAGCUGCUUUCUUCGCUCGAGAGCUUCCUGUCAACAUUCCAGUCCGACCUCUCGACGCUCUCGACCCACAUCUCGGCGCUGCAAAACACAUCGCAUCAGAUCGAUUCCAGGUUGGAUGCCACGAGGGAUGUCGAGAUCCAGCUUGCGUCCUUCUUGGCCGAUAUCGCGCUGAGUCCGAGGAUCGUCGAUCUCUUUUUCGAGACGGAGCCUGAGUCGAGGCCCGAGUUGUGGCAGAAGGCGGUGAAGCAGUUGGAUCGCGUGUUGGAUGCAACGAGUCCGUCGGCUACGUUACCUCUCCCGCCUCCUUCUGGCGACGCGGUAAGCGACGCUGUUGCAGUGGACGACGUGCAGGCGGUCAAGGAGGUGCGAGCGGUCGCAGAAGCGUGCCGGAACGUCGUAGCCUCCAAACUGCGGACGUAUCUCAUCGCCCCGCACGCGAGUAUCAAGUCUUCGGUGACGACCAAUCUUCAAGUGCUCCAAACCAGCGUCUUGCUUCGACACCACCGACCGCUCUACUCUUUUUUGGCGAGACAGAUGCCGAGAGUGGCGAUAGAUGUGCAGAGAAGCUACGUCGCUGCGGCACGACUAUACUUCGAGACAGCGUUCAGGCGGUAUGCCCGCAGCCUUGGCGUGGUGCGCAAACGAUGGGCUGAGCCGGGCUCGUCUUCGCUCAUCACUGAUCCCGUGCCUUCUUCGGCGAGUGGAGGUGGUGGAUAUGCAACGACGGCGAUAGCAGAACUGCAGUCGAGUAUGGCGACUCUUUCGAGAAAUGCUACUGGUGGCGCGUCAGCGUCUUUCUUGCCACCCUCUGCACGACAUGGGAGUAACACGCCAACUAAAGACGCUUCUUCAAGCACAUCCGACGCAGAUGCCAUGUCGAGCCACACGGAUCCCUGGCUCUUCUCCGCCAGCCGCCUGCAGUACGCGCGGUUGGAAAGCAACGCUGCUACCGUCCUGGGCUACCUGGCCGACGACGCGAGUUUCAAGGCGUGUCCUGAAAACCUCUUCCGCUCCCUCUCGCUCGUGCUGCUGGACAACGCAUGUUCGGAGUAUACUUUCCUUGUACGCUUCUUUGAAGGUAUCGGUAGCGAGGAUGAUCACGAUGCAAAGGCGACAAGAGGGGAAGGGGCGAAGAGCAGUGCGACGUCGACGCCGGGAGGUGGAGGUGUUGGCGUCGGACCGGACGAGAGCGCCAGUGUCACGGGUGCAGACGACUCGACGCUGGGCGCCGGCGGCGUGGACGACGAGGCGGGAGGUGCCGAGGCGACGGUGGUGCAGCUCAGCGCGGCCGAACAGCGGCGCCUGAGGGGCCGAGGAGCGAGCGACGAGAUAUUCAAACAGGUCAUGGAGCCUUCUGUGUCUACCUGGGUCACAUUCACGAAGACGCUGUUGACGCCGUCGACGUCGGCGGGUGCGUCGUUGGCUGCAUCGGCUACAUCGGUCGUGUCGAGCACUGUCAGCGGUGGCAGCGGCGGCGCGGGGGGCGGAGGAGCAGCGGGGAGUGUGGCCAGCACGCCAGGCGGCUACUUUGCACUGCUGUCGAUGCUCCAACUCAACGACUCGCUGUUGGACAUGUUGAAGGCCAGAGGGUGUUCAAACGGGCUGAUCGAAGGAGCAUUGAUGGGGUUCAAGAUUCAAGCCUACCCUCUCGUCAAGCGGUUUUUGGACGACCAGAUCUCUGCACUCUCGCAUCUCGCCUCUUCCCCUGCCGCCUCUGCCUCCGCCUCAGGCAUGUGGGGCAUGCUCUCCUUCGCCACGUCUUCCUCCUCCACCGCCUCCUCCUCCUCCUCAUCCCUCAUCCUCACCCCGGCGCUCGCAGAAACCAUCGCGAUCCGGUACACCUCGCUCUUCACCAAAACCCUCUGGAUCCUCUCAGACUCCCUCGACCAGGGCAUCUUCUCCGCCCUCACCCGCUUGCGCGCCGAACUCGCCAAAGUGAUCACCAACUCCAGCAAGGACUCGGCCAAGUGGUCCCCGCGCGACCGAGCCGCGUCAGUGCGCACCCUGAUGGAAGCCAUCGAAGCGGUUUUGUCCGUAACCUCGCUCGCCAGCCAUCCCAAAGUUCAAAAUGAGUUCUCGUUCUGGAACGAGACGCUGAAAAGCAUCCCCACUUAG